AUGACAUCCCUCCCGACCCCCUCUCCCUCCCGGAACCCCUUUGCCAAACCAGCAUUAGCUACUGAAGGAGCGUCGUUCUCAAAGAGCGCCAUCUUGCCUACUUCUACAAAGAAGGCGACGCUGGUAUCGGGCGACUGUCAGACGCCUAUUGAGAAGCGCGUUCUAAAUGAACUCGGCAGCGCUCAGGGGACACGGACAAGCUGGAGAUUACUAUGGCGUGGUGGGCUUGAAAUUGGGAAAGAAGGCUGGCGCCUAGAUGGUAUAACGUUUUUCGCCCAACUAUCAUUUCCGCCACCAACACCCUCUGGUAACCCUUUUGCCUUUCCCACACCCCCACCUUCCUUCUCUCCUGCCCCUUCUUCGCCAUUCCAUUCUCUCCCAGGAGGCACCACGGACCUUUGCUUGUCUCUAGAGUCUAUGCGCGGACGCAAGUACCUCCAAGUCCGUGAUGUCGUCGAUCUGCCCGACGGCGAGGUCUUGGAAGGAGAUGAAGAUGAUGCCGGAAGUGGAGUCCAGGUAGCAAUCGCGGAACAAGCGCCGCUGCUGGCUGGGUAUGUGAUAGGAUUACUGGGGAGAGACGGGUCUUUGUCGGCAAAUGGGAGGACGAAGAAGGCUAUCGUCAUCGGGCUAGGCGAUGAGGAAGUUGAAAACACUCUGAAAUCGACUAUUCUCGUAUACGGUCAACUCCAAACUUCAUUCUCCAACGAAUCCUCAGAAAGCACCUUGCGUCUCUUCGUAGGCCGGCGCAAACCCCCACCACCGCCCCCGAGCGAAAAGAAGAUCCGCCCAGGCGAACCUCUCCCCCGAGCACCCCUCUUCAUACCAGCAGACCCCAAGAAACCCUUCCGUCCCUUCGCCCGAUCAUUCUCCCGCACCUCCUCGACAUCCCAGACUCAACCCUCCAUCUAUGCCCCGCCGCCUUCUGCUUCUGUGCCGAGUAUUGGCAUGGGCGUGGGGGUGGGUAAAGGGAAAAGCGGACAGAUAGCGCCUGUAUCGGGCCGUACACCCGGGAGGAGGGGAGAGAAGCGCGCGAGGCUGGGUGAGGCUGGGAGAGAGGAAGAUAGGAAGAGACGGGCGGGGAAGAUUGUCAGUCAACCUCGUCUAGAUGAUCGGGUGGAAAGAAGAGAUCGAGAAGGUUCUGUGCGUGUCAAGGAAGAACGCGGGCCGAGCCUUGCGCCCUCUGAACAUUCUUUGCGAGCACCGUCGCUCUCGCGCCAAUCCGUACCGCCGGUGUCCGCCUUUGAGCAAGGUCCAGGAGAUGCGGAAGGAGAUGAAGAGGAUAUAUUCGGCAAGAGGGCGUCCUCGAUGGCGCCCAGUAUGAGCCGGGUGUCGUCUGCUGGGGGUACAAGUGAAGUUGGGCUGAGCGUGGAUGAAGUUGGUACAGCAGAGGCGAGUGGUAGGAAGAGGGUCAGGGUGCCUCAACAGGUUUUGGAUAACAAAGCUUCGAUACGCAAGCAGACAUUGUUGCUUUUGGAACUGCGAGGCAUUCCUCGGACCCACGACCUGUUCAAAGACAUAUUUGGAGUGACCACCAAAGGAGUCUACUUUGCUUUUAGAGACCAACUUCAAGAUCAUCCGGUCUCUAAAACCGAUAUUCAGCGGAUAAUUCACGGUCAUUUGGAUAUGUACCUCCAAUCUUCUUUGCCCUCUACCACACCCCUGCCGCAAGGAGAAGGUCAAGAGGAAGCGUCAAAUUCGAUACUCGAAGUCAAACAAGAAGAGUUCAGUAAGAGCGGGAGCGGGGUGACAUUGCAUUUGCACGAGCAUGGCGAUGGACGAGUCAAGCUUGAGGCUGUGGUGGAAGAGGAAGAGUUUUAG